AUGCUCACAUCAUUAAACACAUUUGGCCUUCGUUUCAGCUUCAAGGGAUUAGCCCCAACAGGUUCACGCGUUAUUGUUGAAAUGCAUACACUCAAAGAUGGAAAGAUCGGAAACUUAUACGUUCCAGAUUCAGCUAAGAAGGCCACCAACCAGGCUACAGUUGUUGCUGUUGGUCCAGGUGCUACAAUAAAUGGAAAGCUUUAUCCAACUACUGUCAAGCCAGGAAUGAAAGUUCUUCUUCCACAAUUUGGCGGCCAGCCAGUUAAGAUUGGCAAGGAAGAAUAUGUUGUUAUUGCUGAAGAAGAUAUCCUUGGCUAUUUCGAAUAA